AUGCCUGCUAGCCAGAUCGCUUCGCCUUUGCCCAUUCCUCCCCAGCGGAGGAACCUGCGUCUAAUGACGGGCCAAGACCUCUACACCAGCCUCAACGCAACUCUCGCCUCGACUACCCACCGCCCGGUGACGCCCGUCCACAUGAUCCAAGAGAACGACUACAGUGUUCCCGCUCCCCCACCCCGAGCCCAGUCUCUUUCGCCGCGGAACACUGGCAGUCAUCGAUCCGUCGCUAGACCGUUUUGA